AUGGAACUUGGUGGCAAUGAAUUGAGCCAUGCUUAUGCUCGAUCUCGCAAUGAGUACGAAAACAACUUCAACCUCAUUUCGCCGUGGAAGAAGGUACUAAGAUUUGGUCGUAAGGGCAAGUUGAGCCAUAGGUUUAUUGGACCCUACUGCAUACUGAAACGAGUGGGACCGAUUGCUUACCAUGUUGAGCUACCACCAGAUUUAGACCAGAUUCACGACGUUUUCCACGUCUCAAUGUUGAGGCGCUACCGCUCUGAUCCUACGCAUAUUGUUCCUAUUAAAGAGAUCGAGGUAAGGCCAGAUCUGACCUUUGAGGAGGAGCCUGUUCAGAUAUUGGAGCGAGAUGUAAAGGUUUUAAGAAGAAAAUUCAUCCUACUGGUUAAGGUUCUAUGGCAUAAUCAUAGCUAUGAGGAGGCCACGUGGGAGCCUGAGGAUGCGAUGCGUCAGUAG